AUGAUUAUAGUAGGAGGUGGAGGUAGAGAAGAUGAUAUUGCAUUUUAUAGGAAGGAUUUGAAAAUAUCUAUGAGAGAGGGUAUUGGGGAGGACCCAAAUGUGCAGGAGGUGUAUGAUGUCCAGAUGGUCCAUAUGAAGGAUGCAAAUAGAAGGCGACCAAUAUGUUUAAUUUGA